AUGCCGAAUAUGCAGCGUCUUUUUGUCCUGCUGGUGCUGCUGCACAUGCAGGUUUGCCUGCUGUUGAAGGACUGUGAGUGGAAAGUUGUGCUCAAUGAUUUUGAUAAUCUAGGUGGGGACCAAGCUGUGUUUUUUAGGCAGCACCCGGUCACUAGCGUAGCGUCUGUGUUCCAGAAUCUGACGGACUCGGCCAUAGACCUGAAUGAUAAAAAUUCGCACUACCUGGGCUUCCCGUACUACUUGAAAAUUAGUCUAACCUGCAUCACUCAGGAUGCAGGGAAGGUCAUUCGCAAUGCUCACCUGACGGGGCUGAGGCCUAUUGUGACCGUAACGUUUGAAGCGCCUGUCAAUACAGAGCGUCAGAAACCCGAGGAGCUGCAGAUUGAGAUGAAAGGCGCCCCUUACCGGCUCCAGGGUACCCUGCUUCUCUUCCAUUUCAGUGCAAAUAACAGGGGUUCCCUCUGCAGGUGA